CAUCCUCUCAGCUCCUGCGCUCAGUGGAGAGCUGCGUUUGAACGGAGCCAGACGGGGGAAGAGCAGCAGAAAUGACUUUACAGUGAAUAUGAGGAGUAAACCAGGACCUUAAACAUUUGGAUUUUCUCCCUUCUGCACUGGAUAUUUUCUUUCGUUUAGCGGCGUUGGAUGAAUAUUCUCAUUGUGCCAGUAACGGUCCACAUGCGUAAAAACCAAACCUGGCACCGCGUCCUGUAGUUUAGCAUUUUUAUAGAUAAAUAUCCAAACCAGUGGAGGCUAAAUUAGAAAAUAUCUUUAGCUGAGAGGGGUUUUAGCCAAAAAUGUGAUUCCUUGACCUUCUCAUGAGGAAGCCAAGCCCCGUCGUUGGCAUCUGAAACAGCUGGGUCGCGUCGAGAAGAUUGUGGAUUAACGUUUUUCCUUUUUUUUCUCUCCAAGACGCCCUUCAGUGGCCUUUAGCCAAAAUGAGCGUCGGUUUAAUUGAAUUAACUACAUGAGUGGAGACUUAACAAACAUAUAUUCCUUCGCGUUAUUUUUUUCCUUCUAAUCAAAAGGCGCCAGGAAAAAAAAAUAUGGAAAGCGAGGUUUUCACCCCUUUGCUGGAGCAGUUUCUGCUCACGCCUCUGGUGUGCUGGGUGAAGACAGUCGGGCAGCCGGCAGUGACCGAUGGCACCAAAUUAUCGGAAUAUAUCGAGCUAGUGGAUGGGAUUUACCUGAAUGAGAUCAUGCUGGAAAUAAAUCCUAAAGCCUCAGUGCAGAGGACCAACAAGAAGGUGAACAAUGACCCCACGCUGCGCAUCCAGAACCUUUCCAUUCUCAUCAGGCAGAUCAAAGCCUACUACCAGGAGAGUCUCCAGCAGCUGGUGAUGAUGCCUUUGCCGAAUGUUCUGGUUCUGGGCCGUAACCCUCUCUCCGAGCAAGGUCUGGAGGAGAUGAAGAAGCUGCUGCUGCUGCUGCUCGGCUGUGCUGUUCAGUGCGAGAAGAAGGAGGAGUACAUUGAGCGGAUCCAGACUCUGGAUUUUGACACCAAAGCUGCCAUAGCAUCCCACAUCCAGGAGGUGACGCACAACCAGGAGAACGUAGUGGACCUGCAGUGGUUGGAAAGUGGAGAAAUGCCUCCUGAAGAUCUGGACGGCCUCUCAAGAAACCUGGCGUUCCACCUUAAACGUCUGGUGGAUGAAAGAGACACACAGCUGGAGACUAUAGUAGAGCUGACCCAGGAGAGGGAUUGUGUCCAGUUGUCCCCGCUGGCUCCAUGUCCCACACAGUCUCCCGGUGACUCCCCCAGCAUGAGGAGGACCGAGAGCCGACAGCAUCUUUCUGUGGAGCUGGCCGAUGCCAAGGCCAAGAUCAGGCGCCUUCGGCAGGAACUAGAGGAGAAGAGUGAGCAGCUUCUGGACACCAGGCAGGAGCUUGAAAACAUGGAAGCCGAGCUCAGGAAGCUUCAACAAGAGAGCUACCAGCUGCUGUCGGACGCCCGGUCGGCUCGGGCCUACCGCGACGAGCUGGACGCGCUCAGAGAAAAGGCGAUACGAGUCGACAAGCUGGAGAGUGAGCUGACCCGAUACAAAGAGAGACUCCACGACAUCGAGUUUUACAAGGCCAGAGUCGAGGAGCUGAAAGAGGACAACCAGAUCCUCCUGGAGACAAAGACGAUGCUGGAGGAGCAGCUGGACGCGACGAGAACGCGAUCCGACAAACUGCACCUCCUGGAGAAAGAGAAUCUGCAGAUCAAAUCCAAGAUCCACGACCUGGAGAUGGAGCGGGACAUGGACCGUAAGCGAAUGGAGGAGCUGCUGGAGGAGAACCUGGUGCUGGAGAUGGCUCAGAAACAGAGCAUGGACGAGUCGCUGCACCUCGGCUGGGAGCUGGAACAACUGUCCAAGACUCCAGAGCUGACCGAAGUCCCUCAGAAGUCUCUGGGUGAGGAGGUGAACGAACUGACCUCGAGCCGCCUGUUGAAGCUGGAAAAGGACAACCAGACGCUGCUGAAGACGGUGGAGGAGCUCAGAGGGGCGGCGUCUCAGGACACCGUGGCAAAACUGGCCAAAGUCAACCAGGAGAACCAGAAGCUGAACCAGAAGGUGGAGCAGCUGGAGAGUGAACUGACUUCGGACAGGGAUUCACUUCGCAGCGCCGAGUCGCUCAGCACCGACCUGAUGAAGGAGAAAGCUUUGCUGGAGAAAACUCUGGAAACACUCAGAGAAAACUCAGAGAGACAGAUGAAGGGUCUCGAGCAGGAGAACAAGCACCUGAGUCAGACGGUUUCGUCCCUCCGUCAGCGCUGUCAGGUCGGCGCUGAGGCCCGAGUCAAGGAUGUGGAGAAAGAAAACCGGAUUCUCCACGAGUCCAUCUGCGAGACAACCGCCAAGCUGAACAAGUUGGAGUUUGAAAGGAAACAGCUGCGUAAGGAGCUUGAAGUGAUGAAGGAGAAAGGUGAGAGAGCCGAGGAGUUGGAGAUUCAGAUGCAGAAGCUGGAGAGGGACAAGGAGGGCCUGCAGAAGAAAGUUGCCAGCCUUGGAAUCACCUGUGAAAAGGUGUCUUCUUUAGAGAAGGAAAACACCGAGCUGGAGACGGAGGGCCGCCGUCUGAAGAAGAAACUGGACGCUCUGAAGAACAUGGCCUUCCAGCUAGAGGCUCUGGAGAAGGAGAACUCCCAGCUGGAGAAGGAGAACCUGGAGCUCCGGCGCUCGGCUGAGAACCUGCGGUCGGCCAGUGCUAAGGCCGCUCAGCUGGAAGCCGAGAACAGGGAGCUGGAGAGCGAGAGGAGCCAGCUGAAGCGAAGCCUGGAGCUGCUCAAAGCCUCGUCUAAGAAGACUGAGAGAUUAGAGGUGAGCUACCAGGGCCUAGAUACCGAGAACCAGCGUCUGCAGAAGGCUUUAGAGAACAGCAGCAAGAAGAUCCAGCAGCUGGAGGCAGAGCUGCAAGAGGUGGAGACGGAGAAUCAAAGCCUCCAACGAAACCUGGAGGAGCUCAAGAUCUCCAGUAAACGUCUGGAGCAGCUGGAGCAGGAGAACAAGACUCUGGAGCAGGAAAGCUCCCUGCUGGAGAAAGACAAGAAGCUCCUGGAGAAGGAGAACAAGCGUCUGAGGCAGCAGGCCGAGAUCCGAGACUCCAAGCUGGACGACAGCAACCAGCGGAUCUCCAGCUUGGAGAAGGAGAACCGCACCAUGGGCAAGGAGAUGAUCUUCUUCAGGGACUCCUGCACCAGAGUCAAAGACCUGGAGAGGGAGAACAAGGAGCUGGUCAAACAGUCCAGCAUUGAUAAGAAGACGCUCAUCACACUCAGAGAGGAGCUUGUAAGUGAGAAGCUGCGAACUCAGCAGAUGAAUAAUGAUCUGGAGAAACUGACCCACGAGCUGGAGAAGAUCGGACUGAACAAAGAGAGGCUCCUGCAUGACGAGAGCUCGGAUGACAGGUUUAAGCUGCUGGAAACCAAACUGGAGUCGACUCUGAAAUCAUCUUUGGAGAUUAAGGAGGAGAAAAUCGCUGCUCUGGAGGCCAGACUGCAGGAAUCCUCCAACCUCAACCAGCAGCUUCGCCAGGAGCUGAAGACGGUGAAGAAAAACUACGAGGCGCUGCGUCAGAGGGAGGAGGAGGAGAGGAUGGUGCAGAGCUCACCACCUAGAGGAGGGGAGGACCCUCAGGCCGUCAGCAAAUGGGAGAAAGAAAGCCAUGAAGCAACGAGGGAGCUGCUGAAAGUCAAAGACAGACUCAUUGAGGUGGAGAGGAACAAUGCCACGCUGCAGGCUGAGAAGGUGGCCCUGAGGAGUCAGCUCAAACAACUGGAGACUCAGAGCUCCAACCUGCAGGCUCAGAUAGUGGCUCUGCAGAGGCAAACCGCCUCUUUACAGGAGAAUAAUACCACACUGCAGACGCAGAACGCCAAGCUGCAGGUUGAAAACUCCACCCUGAGCUCCCAGAGUGCCUCCCUCAUGGCCCAGAACGCCCAGCUGCAGAGCCAGCAGAGCAGCGUGGAGGGCGAACGGGAAGGAGCCCUGAAGGAGAAGGAGGAGCUGAGGGCUACGUACGAGCUGCUGCUCCGCGAUCACGAGAAGCUGGCGGCGCUGCACGAGAGGCAGGCGGUCGAGUACGAAGCCCUGAUCGGGAAACACGGCGGCCUGAAGACCUCCCACAAGAGCCUGGAGCAGCAGCACCGGGACCUGGAGGACAAGUACAAGCAGCUGCUGCAGAGGAAAGGGGAGCUGGAGGAGCUGGAGAAGAACCUGAAGGAGCAGCAGGAAAAGAUGGCGCUGGAGAACCAAAGCCACCAGGCCACAGCUGACCAGUGCAAACAGCUGAAAGAGGAGAACGACCGGCUGAACACCACGUACCGUCAGCUGGUGAAGGACAACGAGAGCCUCCAGCUGGACCAUAAGAACAUAAAGACUCAGCUGAACAGCGCCAAGCUGGACCAGACCAAGCUGGAGGCCGAGUUCUCUAAACUGAAGGAGCAGUACCAGCAGCUGGACAUCACCUCCACCAAGCUCACCAACCAGUGUGAGUUGUUGAGCCAGCUGAAGGGAAACCUGGAGGAGGAGAACCGUCACCUGUUGGACCAGAUCCAGACUCUAAUGCUGCAGAAUCGCACACUGCUGGAGCAGACGAUGGAGAGCAAGGACCUGUUCCACGUCGAGCAGAGACAAUACAUAGACAAACUGAAUGAGCUGAGGAGGCAGAAGGAGAAGCUGGAGGAGAAGAUCAUGGACCAGUACAAGUUCUACGACCCGUCGCCUCCUCGGAGGCGUGGCAACUGGAUCACUCUGAAGAUGAGGAAGCUGAUCAAGCCGAAGAGCCGGGAGAGGAUGCGCUCGCUCACACUGACUCCGUCUCGCUCGGAGUCCGGCGACGGUUUUCUGGUGUUUCCCCCGGACAGCCAGGACAGUUCGUCUGUCGGCUCCGGUUCCAACUCGCUGGACGACACACUGUCCCACAAGAGGAGCAGCAGGAGGAGAGGGCAGCAGCCUCAUGCCCAGGUUCAGGGCUCGUCCAAUGCUAUAAAAAGGUUGCCUUUCAUGAGGAACAGAUCCAAGGACAAAGACAAGGCCAAGGCCAUCUACCGGCGCUCCAUGUCCAUGAACGACCUGCUGCAGAGCAUGGCGGUGGCUGGUGGUCCUGGGGCUCAGUGGGCCGGCAGCAUCGAGAAUCUAGACGGCGUUGAAGCCGGAGACGCCGGCAUGACGGGCAGCAGCAGACGCAGCGGGCAGCGCAUGAAGGAGCUCGCCUUUUCCACCAACGCCAUCGACUGCGCUGCUCUCACGCUGCCCAGCGCAGGACGCAGCAGAGCAAAACUAAGACUGCAGGUCAAAGACAUCGCCUCCUGUGAGGACGUUGCCGGCUCAGAUGACCCUAAGAGUCAAGCCUCCAGACCCUCCAGUCUCCAUAGCAACAGGACCACCAGUAGCAAUAGUAACAAUAACUCCCACCUCACUUCUCCUCUGGAGGGCAAAGGCACGUUGAACGGCAGCCUCAGCAGGCCUCACAGUGAGAGCAGCGGUGAGUUCAGCCUGAGUCUGGACCAGGAGGUGUGGUCCAGCAGCGGCAGCAGCCCCGUCCAGCAGCCCACCUCCUCCCGGUCCUCCCACCAGAGCCCCCUGCAGCUGCGCCGGUCUCUGGACCCGUCCAGCGCCGCCGGCAGCCCCGGACAGAUCCAGAUCAGGAAGACAGGAUCUCCAGGCAGCGAGGUGCUUUCACUUCAGCAGUUCUUGGAUGAGGGUAUUGACCCUGCAGAGUCCGGCAGUCAGGAGAACCUCACUGUGGACUCUCCUCGCCUCUCCACCUCCUCUGAGCACGGGCCGAAGGAACGUACUUCCACAAAGGGUCGAGGAAUAUUGCGCUCAUCCAGUGGGAGAGCAGCACCCGUCAGCGGUGAUCGCCCACCCAGGUCUUCGGGACAGCUAGGGCGCCCGACCCUCCGGAAGGCCGAGAGCACCCGUGUGAAAGGCUCGGCCCCGAUCCGCUCCAGCUUGUCCUCGCAGGCUAAAGCGAUGUCCGUCUCCGAGCGCCUGGACUCGGCCUCCUCCACGCUGCCCCGGGCCAGCAGCGUCAUCUCCACCGCCGAGGGCACCACGAGACGCACCAGCAUCCACGACAUGCUGUCCAAGGACAACCGGCAGCCCGUGUCCGUCGACGCUUCUCCUCCCGUUGCUACCACCAAGGCUGGGGUUCGCUCCCAGCCGACACCCAAUGUGGAGGGCAGAAAGUCUAAAAGCAGGAGCGGGGAGCCUCAGCAGAGUAGCUGAGCGUUGCCCCCCCCCACCCUCGUCUGUCUGCUACCAUGCAGUGAACGCGUGAGAGAAAGGUGGCCUUGGAGCUGUGUGUCUGAAGCCUAGUAGAGUUAAUCUGCUGAGACCGUCUACAGUGAGAAAAGAUUGUAUAUCCCAGUUUCUUCCCUUGUUCUUUUUUUUUUAGUUUUUUUUUUAAACCCAGGACACUUGAGUAGAGAAAAGUGGCUUCCUUCUCUGUUUUGUUUUUCUUCCUUGAAUCAAGGAAACAGCAUAAAAAUACGAGAAAAUGUUGCAGUGACAGGUUUUUUUUUUUUUUUUUUUCCAUAAAGACUGCUGUGGCAGAUUGCACUGCCGUGUGUCCUUUAGAUGUGCACGAGUCUCCGCAGACUAAGAUAAAAGUGCCAAUGUUCACACAACAGCCAAAAGGGCGAUUUUAAAACCAUGACUCCAUUUUGGAUCUUCUGUGCAACUUCAACGUCGGACGGACCUCCUUCUGUCCGACGGCGCGGUCAUGAAUGAAUCUUUGGAUACUUCAGAACGCACAACAUAACGCAUGUCAGCACAAAAAACAUUUCCAGCUGCUGAAGCAUCACAAUCUGCAUGGAGCAAUCAAACAGCCAAUCAUCCCACUUCCUUUAUCCAAUCAAAGAAGAGGACAGUGCUCGGUGGGAGUUUAACCUGCCAGGAUGCCAAACGGACUUUGAAGCCAUGACAGCUCGGUGAUCGGCGCCGUCGCCUGCCGAUCCUGAGCGAAGGAUGUGUGAUCUGAGAGACAGACUGAUGAAGGGAGCGUUCCAGGUCACCUAUAGGGCAGUUGGCAGCCAUGAAAGACCCUGAAAUCCACUGCUCAUCACUGAUUCAUCUCAUUUAUCACCCCCCAUCCCGCUCUGAUGAGAAAUAUAUAACAUUGAAAGCACACACAUCUACUUUCCUGUUUCUAAAUCUGACUUGGAGUAUAGGUGACCUGUGAGCUGCCUGCUUUAAAUACAGAACAUGUGCAGAUAUGUGUUGUUGUGUUGAACAUGAUGGUGGUGAUGAGACCCAGUGUUUUCCUCCUUUUCCACUUUUACAUGAAUCCAUUUGAUGUAAUUAAAAUUCAUCAAGACUAA